AUGGCGCCCCGAUCUCGAGCCAACGCCGCGGACACUGACGCGUCUAUGUCUGACGCGCCCGAACACCGCCAAGCAGAAGAGAUGGAAGUCGAUGAAACCCCAGACUACACUGACUCCGACACGAACCCCAACACCACGGCUAGCAGUGUUGCAGGAGAGCCCCUUGGAGAUGGCCGCAAGCGCCGCACUGAGGUGAACCAAUUGCGCCGAAGUAUCUUUGGCAAGAAGCAUGAUCGCCUUGGCGAAUCCAAGGAGGAUGACACUAUCCGUCGAUUUCGCUACCUGCUAGGCCUCACCGACCUGUUUCGACACUUUAUCGAGACGAACCCCGAUCCUAAGAUCCGCGACAUCAUGACCGAAAUCGACCGUCAGAAUGAAGAAGCCGCUCGAGGCAAGAAGGGUGCCGGAAGGCAAGGCGGUGCCACUAGCGAGCGUCGUCGACGGACCGAGGCCGAGGAAGAUGCUGAGCUUCUCAAGGAUGAGAAGCAUGGCGGUUCGGCGGAGACUGUCUUCCGAGAGUCACCCACAUUCAUCCAGGGCACCAUGCGCGACUACCAGGUAGCUGGUCUCAAUUGGUUGAUUUCUCUCCAUGAGAAUGGUAUCUCAGGCAUUCUCGCCGAUGAGAUGGGUCUCGGAAAGACGCUCCAAACCAUUUCCUUCCUUGGCUACCUGCGGCACAUCGUUGACAUCACCGGCCCACACCUGGUCAUCGUACCAAAGUCCACCCUUGACAACUGGAAGCGAGAGUUUGCCAGGUGGACACCAGAGGUCAAUGUCUUGGUGCUUCAGGGUGCUAAGGAGGAGCGCAAUACCCUUAUAAAUGAACGACUCGUUGAUGAGAAGUUUGAUGUCUGCAUCACUAGUUAUGAGAUGAUUCUCCGUGAGAAGGCGCAUUUGAAGAAAUUUGCUUGGGAGUACAUCAUUAUUGAUGAGGCCCACCGAAUCAAGAACGAGGAGUCCUCCCUGUCGCAAGUUAUCCGACUCUUUUCUUCCCGAAACCGACUCCUCAUUACCGGCACGCCACUGCAAAACAACCUGCACGAGCUGUGGGCCCUCCUCAACUUCCUCCUCCCCGAUGUCUUUGGCGAUUCAGAGGCAUUCGAUCAGUGGUUCUCGGGCCAAGACCGUGAUCAGGAUACUGUUGUGCAGCAACUCCACCGAGUUCUGCGACCUUUCUUGCUCCGUCGUGUGAAGAGCGACGUGGAGAAGAGUUUGCUACCGAAAAAAGAAGUCAACGUUUAUCUGGGCAUGUCUGACAUGCAGAUCAAAUGGUACCAGAAAAUCCUUGAAAAGGAUAUCGACGCCGUCAACGGAGCUGGUGGCAAGCGAGAGUCCAAGACUCGACUUCUUAACAUUGUUAUGCAACUUCGAAAGUGCUGUAACCACCCGUAUCUGUUUGAAGGAGCCGAGCCGGGUCCGCCUUACACGACUGAUGAGCAUCUCGUCUACAACGCGGGGAAGAUGGCUGUCCUUGACAAGCUCCUCAACCGAUUGCAGAAACAGGGCAGCAGAGUUCUCAUCUUCUCUCAAAUGAGUCGUCUGCUUGACAUUCUCGAGGAUUACUGUGUCUUCCGGGAAUACAAGUAUUGCCGUAUCGACGGUGGAACUGCACACGAGGAUCGCAUUGCAGCCAUUGACGAGUACAACAAACCUGGUUCAGAGAAGUUCGUCUUCUUGUUAACCACCAGGGCCGGUGGUUUGGGAAUCAACCUUACCACUGCAGACAUUGUCAUUCUCUACGACAGUGACUGGAACCCCCAGGCGGAUCUUCAAGCUAUGGACCGAGCCCAUCGUAUCGGUCAGACGAAGCAAGUUGUCGUUUACAGAUUUGUUACCGACAAUGCUAUCGAAGAAAAGGUUCUCGAACGAGCCGCUCAAAAGCUCCGACUUGACCAGCUUGUUAUCCAGCAGGGCCGUGCUCAAACCGCUGCUAAGGCGGCUGCGAACAAGGGUGAACUUCUGUCCAUGAUCCAGCAUGGUGCCGAGAAGGUCUUCCAGUCAAAAAGACCCACCGGCGACAUGGCCUCAAAGGGCGCUGAAAUCGAUGAUGACGACAUUGACGAUAUUCUGUCUCGGGGUGAGAACCGAACCAAGGAGCUGAAUGCCAAGUACGAAAAGCUGGGCAUCGAUGACUUGCAAAAGUUUACUUCAGAGUCAGCUUACGAAUGGAACGGAGAGAACUUUGCAAAAGAGAAGAAAAACAUCAACAUGACUUGGAUUAACCCUGCUAAGCGAGAACGCAAGGAGCAGUCGUACUCUAUGGAUAAGUACUUCAGACAGACGAUGUACCCCAACCCAAAGGCGGACGCCAAACCCAAGGCUCCUCGGGCUCCCAAGCAGGUGCCAGUUCAUGAUUACCAAUUCUACCCAUCACGCCUGCGUGAUCUCCAGGACAGGGAGACUGCAUUCUAUCGGAAGGAGAUUGGGUAUAAGGUUCCCCUGCCAGAUGGCGAGGAAGACACCUUGUCUGACCGGGAGGCCGAGAGAGCCCUCGACCAGCAAGAGAUCGAUGAUGCCACUGCCUUGAAUGAUGAAGAGCGCGAAGAGAAGGACAAACUCUCUAACCAAGGAUUUGGUGACUGGAAUAAACGAGACUUCCAGCAGUUUGUCAAUGGGUCUGGAAAGUACGGCCGUUCGGAUUUUGAGGGAAUUUCCAACGAGAUUGAUAGCAAGGCUCCUGCGGAAAUUAAGGCUUACGCAAAGGUCUUCUGGCAGCGCUUCACGGAGAUCUCGGAUUAUUCCAAGUACAUCAAGACCAUCGAGGAUGGCGAGGAGCGGACCCGACGCAUCGAACACCAGCGAAAGCUCCUUAGGAAGAAGAUGCAGCAGUAUCGCGUCCCCCUACAGCAGCUCAAAAUCAACUACUCAGUGUCUACGACCAACAAGAAGGUCUAUACUGAAGAAGAGGACCGAUUCUUGCUGGUCAUGCUGGACCGAUAUGGCAUCGACUCGGAGAAUCUUUACGAAAAGAUGCGUGACGAUAUCCGCAAGUCACCUCUUUUCCGUUUCGACUGGUUCUUCCUGAGCCGCACCCCUAUUGAGCUGUCUCGCCGCUGCAACACCUUGAUCACAACUAUCGUAAAGGAGUUCGAGGAUGUUCCAGGUCGUGGGGCGAAUGGAGUGAACGGCAAGGCCAAGAGAGAGCCUGACGACGAGAACGACGAGGACAGCAUCUUGGGCAUGGCUCCUGCUAAGAAGAAGGCCAAGAAUGGCGUCAAGAAUAAGGCACUGGAUAAUGUUAAGUCUGUCAAGUCGAGUAAAGCCAGUUCGGCCACGCCGUCUCGAGCAUCAAGUGUGGCAUCAACAAACUCCAACGCUGGCGGCUCGAUCAGAGGCAAGAAGGGCAGGAAGAAGUAA